AUGAAAGCAACGUUUGAGGGAAUGUUUAAGAACGAGAAAUUUGUGCAAUGGGUUCAAGCGGGACUCAAAGACGAGACAUCAGUGCAAUUGUUUCAGGCAGAUUUGAAUGGUGUAGAGAUUGAGGUAAAACCUCUAUUGAUUCUGCCGAAAAGUGAUGUGGAGAUAAGGGAGGAAGAAUCUGAUGUUGUGACUGUUCUCCAUGAGUUUAUCCUGGAUAAGAAAACAUUGGAUCUGCUUAAAAUGUUUAUGGCGGACGAUGAAGGUGUGAAGAAACUUAGGGACUUUUUAGGACGAUUUACAGUACUUGACGACAUGUUAAGCAGCAAGGAAUUGGAUACGGUGCCUAUACUCAAAGCGAUUCUCGAAGAUCAGAAUAAAGUGCGAUUUCUCGAAGAGGCAGUGAAGGACGAGGAGAAAUUGGAGUCAUUUAGAACGGGUUUGAUGGAUAAAGAAAAGCUGUUUGCCUACUCAAAUACGCUGGGUGAUACGAAUCUGAGGUCUCCGUUUCGUCAAGUAAGAAAUAAUAUGAAUCAAGUAUUUUCACUUAGAGUGGCUAUCAAAGAUGAUGAUCGGGCAGAGUUGUUUCGAGCGGCUCUUAAGAAUAAAGAACAGGUGGAGAAAUUCAUGAAUGCAUUGAAGCAAAAAAAAUUGGCAAAUAUUUUCAGAUCGAUACUCCAGGAUCAAGAUAAAGUGGGCUUCCUUAAGUCAGCUGUUGCAGAUGAGUAUUAUACGACGUUUGAAGAAGUUUUGCAAAGGAAUGAAAGAGAGAAGCUGGCAAAGGAGAUGUUGCAGUACCUUAAGGCACUUGAGCAGAAAGAAGAUCGUAAUCCAUAG